UAUAAGCAUAACAUUUCUAUUUUCUUCCACGAAUAUUGUGGAAGAAUUAAAACAUUUUAAUUAGAUUUGAAUAUCCAAAUUGUGAGUGAGAUUAAUUUAAACAACAAUGGUGUUGACCGCCGACAUCCAUCUACCAGAAGAGUCCGAAUUGACCGUGGAAGAAAUCAAUUUGUCCACUGCUACUUUACGAGCUGGCUCCUUUCAUCUAGGAAAAUAUUGCGAGCAAGCUAAUAAUGAGUUCAUGUUGUGUCGUUUCGAGGAAAACGAUCCUCGCAAGUGUAUCAACGAGGGUAAGGCCGUCACAGCCUGCUCAUUGGAGUUCUUCAGGAAGGUGAAGAAAGCUUGUCUCGCUGAAUUCAACCAAUAUACUAAUUGCAUUGAUAAAAGUUCUGGAGACUAUGGUCUGCAACACUGUCGUAAAACUCAAGGCAUGUUUGAUAAGUGCAUGUUGGAGAAUUUGAAUCUUGAACGUCCGCCCUUCGGUUACUUCUGUGAGGCUCGGGUUCACGAAACUAAGAGACCAAAACCACCUGUCGAAGAGAAGGCCGUAUACCCAGAUGCUACACCAGGCCUGCCGGAGAACGCUGAGAAGAAUCCAGCCAGAUUCGGCUCAAGAUUCUACUGGAUGACGGAAUAAACCACACAGUUAUACCUAAACCAACCAGUUAAAAACUUAACUGUAAUCAAUACAAUAAGACAAAGUGUAAAGAAGUUUUUAUUUCAUCAAUGUUCUAUAGUUAUUUAAUGAUUUGUAGAUUAAAGUGUUGCCAUUA